AGAAUGCAAUGCUCCUCAACUCACUGCAUCACAGGCCUCUCAUCUUCUUCUUCUUCUUCUUCCCUGAGACCAUGGGGAAGUGUGCUGUGGCUACCUUGCUACUGUUCGUAGACCUCGCCACACUGGUCCUUCCUUCACUUGCCGCUGGCUGCUCCUACUGCACAUCCCCACCACCACCGCCACCGGCUUACACUCCAACCCCGUCACCACCACCUCCAAGCCGGUUGAAGCCUAGCCCUCCGCCGCCUACGUACACCACCCCGAGCCCCCCUCCUCCAACACCGGCACCACCACCACCAACGUACACCACUCCUAGCCCUCCACCACCUAUCCUGCCACCGCUACCAAAGCCUUCCCCUCCACCACCACCAACGUACACCACUCCUAGCCCUCCGCCACCAAUCCUGCCACCGCUACCAAAGCCUUCCCCUCCGCCACCGCCAACGUACACCACUCCUAGCCCUCCACCACCACUACCGAAGCCUUCACCUCCGCCGCCACCAACGUAUACUACUCCAAGCCCUUCACCACCACCACCACCAACGUACACAGCUCCAAGCCCUCCACCACCAGCAUACGUAACGCCGUCGCCACCAACCCGGACUCCAUACCCUCCAUCACCGACGACUCCGACAUGCCCCAUCGACACCGCUAAGCUCGACUCGUGCGUGGACCUACUCGGGGGGCUGGUGCACAUCAUCAUCGGCGAGGGCGUGAGUUACCAGUGCUGCCCGGUGCUGGAGGGGCUCUCCGACCUCGACGCCGCCCUGUGUCUGUGCGCCACCAUCAAGGCCCAGGCCUUGAACAUACAGAUCCUUCUUUCCCCUGCACUCGAGGUUCUUGCGGACUGCGGCAAGGAAGUGCCAUCCGACUUCGAGUGUCCUGAUGAGUGAUCAAAGACUGUGUCAUCGUGUCUUCACCCAAUUAGUCUUCAUGUUUGUGCCUGCAUGGUUUUCGGGUGCUGUAUUUGACGGUCGUACGUUCCCCUCUGUCAUUGAAAGCAAUAUAAUGGUCCCGUUGGCCUACUCCAAUAAAAGUCAAGUCUUCUUAUUUGUCUUCAA